AUGAAUAAUAUCCGGGCCUCCUUCAAUGCUGACCUCUACAUUAUCAGGGAGGAUGUUGCUGGGGUCUUGGCCCGAGUGAAGGCCACUGAGGAACAAGUCUCUUCUAUGGCCCACCAAAAAGACGGCAGCAAAGAGCAGAUUCAACUGCAGGCGGCCCACAGAGCUGUUCAGAUCAAGCUGGACACCCUGGAAGACAUACGAAGACACAAUCUGAAGAUGAGGGGUAUAGCUGAAACAGUCUACGAAUAA